AUGCUCUCGCUACCAAAGAGGCUCAUCUUUGGCAAUCAAGCCAAAAUCGAUUUCAAAGUCUCGCAACUUGACGGCAUUGCAAGGCUCUACUCGGAACGUCAUAUCCCCUAUCACGACUCCAAGUAUUGGUCUCGAUACCUCGAACUCGACACACCAUCCGAUGUCUUCUCCCUGCUCUCGCUAGCAGAUCUCAGAAGAGCCCGUAAAGAUGCGCCGGAGAAUGUUGUUACGCUGCUAAGGGUCAUGGUAGCCCAUCUCGAGAGCCUCUUGCUCGAUCCCCUUUUCGAACCGCCACCACUGAAGGGCCCAUCUACAAGCCAAGAACGGAUGACAACUAGAAUCACAGGCAUUGCAGAUGUGUCCAAAUGGAAGCUACCUGCAGCAUCGAUGAUCGCUUUGGACUCGACUCAGAGCACACCGGGUGUGCAGCAGAGGGACAGGGUCAAAGAGGCAUUGAAUGUUGUUCGCAUUCUGGCAAGAACGCUGCCGGCUCUUAUGGAAGCUCAUGAUUCUUCUUUCGAGGAUCAUGUCUUGUGGCCGCAGACUCGGCAAGCUUAUGCAGGUACCAAGCCGGAGCAGAGCUUCACACCGAAUCAGACAGAGGAUCGCGAUGCUGCGGCAAGCAAACUUGACACUUCGGCACAGUUUGUCAUCGAUGAUGACGACAAGGAGGCCAGCAAGCCAUCUGCGACUGAUGACCACCCUCUCAAGCUAUCUGAAGACGAGGCUGAUAGCAAAGCAGAUUCCACAGCCGAGGAGGAGCAACAAGCCGUUCCAAUGGCGCUCGGUGAGAGUCUAGUCAGGCUUGCAGUAGACCUCCUCUUCUGUUCCGGCUUCACUCUUCCUUGGACCGAAGACCAGAUUGAAGAAGCUCACCACUCAAAUCAACCGAGACGCAUCAACUACUCGAUCUGGGAAGCAGGUGUCGGUAGCUCUGUCGAUCUACCAGGCACUACUCGAUUGCACCUCUCCAACCGAGUCGAAGUUUUGCGGCUACUCCUUGUUCUUCUCUCCAAAAGCAUCUACAUUCCAGCGGACAAGCAAAAUUCAGUCAUCGAUCCCGCACUGAGUUUUGCAGUUCAAGAUCUGGACAGAUCCAUCAUGCUCCCCCUACUCUGCAGUCUUAUCAACACUAGCAUCACCAAUGCACGCAACUCUACUCGCGCCUGGCUCGGUCUGCCCAGCGUGAGCGGUCUGGUCGGAAGCACAAAGGACCAAGUUCGAACGAACCUCGUCACUUUAUCACUACAGAUCCUCGACGUGUUGCUCACCUACGAUGCGCCAUCGCCCGGCCAAGCAGACACCAUCAGCCUUAGCACGGGCGGCAGACCUCUACCCAGCCCCGGUGGACGCAAUGUAUUUCGGUUCUAUCUCAGCAAGCUUCACCGCACAGCAGAUUUCGACUUUAUCUGGACCGGUCUCGCCGACUCAUUCAACCAACACAUGAGCUCCACAAUCCAGAUCCUCGCCAUCCCUAUUGCCAUCGCGACUAGAGGUCAAGGGAGGAGAGCAGCGGAAACAAGCUGGCAACUUGGCCAGGUAGGCGAACGUCUCAUCUUGCUCUGGCGUCUACUGCAAGACAAUGAUAAGUUGCGAUUGUAUGUGUUGGAUGAUGCCAAACGUGCACCUGAGCUGAUGACGAUAUUGCUCUAUUUCUCACUCACGUAUAAAGACAACCUUGCACUGCAAGGCUUAGUAGGAUUAUGUGCGUAUAUGCUACAAGACAUCUCCAGCCAGCCAGAGUUUGCAACUAACCUUGCCAGACCAGGUAGCGCUGCUAAAAUUCACCUCCCCGCAAGACUCGGCCUGGUUGCUGGCAACACGGCAAUCGAUCACUUGGUGCAAGGUGUAUAUGUCUUGAUUACAACAACUAAAAGUCGACUUUCAAACCUAUACGCUCCCUUGCUCAUUUCUCUAUCCAAUACUGCCCCUGCUUGGAAAUCGCUCUCAAUCACUGCUUCCACCAAGGUUGUUCAUCUGUUGCGAUCCUUUUCGCAGCCCGCGUUUUUGCUGUCCGACGAGCGACAUCCGAGCUUGUUGUUUUAUGUUUUGCAGGCCAUCAAUGCGGUAUUGACGUUUGGCUAUAGUGCUAAUGUGAAUUUGGUUUAUUCGUUGCUACUCGCGAGUAGCUUGAUCGAUCGGUUGGAGAGCUUUACUUUGAGCAGCGCGGUGGAGCAUGUUUGGAGGAGGAGGAGAGAGAGGGGUUUGGAUAUGAGCGACUGGUUUGAGCAUGUGCCGAGCUUGGACAAAGUUGGCUUGGCUCCUGCCCCGGACUCGUCGGAAGCAUGCGGUACAGCAACGGCAGAAGGGGAAAGGGAAAGGGAAAGGGAAAGGGAGGAAGCAGUGGACAAAGGCAAAAGUCGAGGAAUGUCAACCUCAUCCACCGGUCUUGCCACUCGCGCCAACCAUGGCUCUACUCGCUCGCAACCAGAAUCGGAACUCUCACAAUACCCUCUCGAAAGGAUCGAACUGAUAGUUGGGCGAUAUAUCUCAAAAACCUCAUUCCGGCCCACGCAAGCAUGGGUUGAGUCGUGGCAUCAACAUCUGCCGCUCUCCACACCACGUCUUAUAAUUGAUCGACUGCUGAGGCAAGUUGAACGAAUUGCUGCUGGCGAAGGUGUCUACACCAACACUACUGGAGUUGAGAUUACUAACGGAAACGCAAACACACGUAUACUAGCCUUUCUACAACAAGAAAACUUUUCAAAUCAUCUACCACCACCAGAAACAGUUAGACAUAUCAGACCUUGGCAGUGGACAGACAAUGCAGUUGUCUGCUUAACAACUUACUUGUGGGGAACAAUUUAUGUCUCUGCAUUACUGCCGUACGCCUUGUGCAGUGAUAGCGAGAUUAGGUUGUUUAACAUCCAUAGUGCCCAAGAGGAAGAGGGAGGGGGGAUAUGA